UACUUGAUCACAUCGCUGUGAGUAACUAGUCCCUGGGAUGAAAGUAUUUUACACCUGGAAGUAAAUAUUUGGAUGUGUUUAGUGUUUAGUUUCGUGAAAAACACAUAUAUGUGGAUUUAUUAUACUACUUUGUAGUGCUUGUUGUUGGUGGAAUCAUUGACCAUAAAUCAAACCGCGGAAGAAUAUCACCAUUCAACUGUCUGCUUGCGAUAGAAGCAUGUUACUGUCAUGUUAAAGGUAAUCACAGUUUGCUGUAAUAGAUUAUUUUAGCUGUGUUCAUUGAAAUCGACGCUGAUUUCAUAUAACCGGUAGACAUCAGGUAAGUGUCGAGUAUCUCUCAAGAUGCCGACAACUUUGCCUUUGUCGAAUUUGGUGGACCUGGCCCUUGGGACACCUGAGGUGGGGGCUGUCAAUUUCAAUGUUUUACACACUUUACUCCAUGCGAUGAUCUCUAAACUAAACAUAAGAGAUGUCAAAGCCGACAUCAAUGAAAGUGAUCGUGAUUUCCUUUCGUCGACCAAAUCCCAAAGAGUGAUGACAGGCCUUAGUGAUAUUGACAGUGGCAAAGGGGAAGAUUCGGAGGAUGCAUUAAGUGAAAUACGAGAUUCUAGUGAACUAGACUCCCCUGCCUCCUCAGCCAAACACAAGUCGAAAAGAUCAGUCCCGUACCAUCAUCUUGAACUACGGGUAGAAAAACUUGCUGAACAAUUAGAAAAUUUAAAUGCGUUGCCUACAAAUUCGGAUCUGUUUGAAAGAGCCAAAGCUAAAGGUGAUGGAGAAAGACCUAUAGCUGAUAUGUGGCAGUACAUGCAACUGAAGAAACGUGUGGAUGCCAAUGAAGAAGGCGUUGGAAAGUUGAUGUCCCUUGUGGAGGACCUGAUGAAGGAGAUGCAGACGUUGCGAGACACAAACUCCAAUCUGCUGGACCGGAUCAACGGUUUGAAUAUUGAUGAGCUGAACAAGAAAUUAGCAGCUUUGGAAAAGGUUACGAAUGAUUUGAAUAACAAGUUCAGCACACUGCCGACCGCUGAUGACUUUGCCCAGUUUGUGACCUGGCCGCUCCUGGAGGAUGCCCUGAAGGGGGUGAGGAAGGACCUGGAGGAGCUUCAUGGGUCUGUCCAAGAGAAGGUUGUCACUGAGACUGGCAGCCAGACAGAUAAUAGAAUGCCAUCACGCCCCUCCUCGUCACACCACACAUCAUCACGCCCCCCAUCAUCACGCCCACUGUCACGUCUGAGCACAACCAGUUCAGGUCCCACAAAUGAACUGCUGGACAUCCUGGAGAGAAUCGGGAAGUUGUCUGAAUCCCACGAUGCCCUCACUAAACGUGUGGAGGAGCUGGAGGAACAGUUGAAGAAUAAACUGGACAAAGAAGCUCUCGAAGGACUGAACAUCUCAGGGGACCUGAUGGAGCAACUGAACAAGCUGAAGGAGGAGCUUGAUGCCCUGCAGUCCAUGAGAGAUAAGUUGCCCACCACUAUAUCAACCUCUGGGUCUGUUGGUAACAAACACAUGUCUAUGGAUGGCGCUGGGAAGAUACACACCUCUCAGCCUCCUAGUGAUGGAGAGUCAUCAGACACUGGCACCAUCUCUGCAUCAGAAGGACCAUCAUUAUCCCAUAACCAGUCCAGUCAGGAACUGCUAGCCAUCCUCCGAUCACGUGUGUCGGACUCUGAAGCCUUUGAGGAAUUGAUUUCUCGUGUUGGAAACCUCGAGGACAAUUUCAAAAACCUGCAGCAGGCUAUCCUGAAUCCAUUGGCAAUUGUUGGCUCCCAACAGUUGCCCACCACUAUAUCAACCUCUGGGUCUGUUGGUAACAAACACAUGUCUACGGAAAGCGCUGGGAAGAUACACACCUCUCAGCCUCCUGGUGAUGGAAAGUCAUCAGACACUGGCACCAUCUCUGCAUCAGAAGUACCAUCAUUAUCCCAUAACCAGUCCAGUCAGGAACUGCUAGCCAUCCUGCGAUCACGUGCGUCGGACUCUGAAGCCUUUGAGCAAUUGAUUUCUCGUCUUGGAAACCUCGAGGACAAUUACAAAAACCUGCAGCAGGCUAUCCUGAAUCUAAUGGCAAUUGUUGGCUCCCAACAGUUGCCCACCACUAUAUCAACCUCUGGGUCUGUUGGUAACAAACACAUGUCUACGGAUGGCGCUGGGAAGAUACACACCUCUCAGCCUCCUAGUGAUGGAAAGUCAUCAGACACUGGCACCAUCUCUGCAUCAGAAGGACCAUCAUUAUCCCAUAACCAGUCCAGUCAGGAACUGCUAGCCAUCCUGCGAUCACGUGCGUCGGACUCUGAAGCCUUUGAGCAAUUGAUUUCUCGUCUUGGAAACCUCGAGGACAAUUUCAAAAACCUGCAGCAGGCUAUCCUGAAUCCAAUGGCAAUUGAGGACAGCGGCUUCUCCAGUGAGCCCUUUGGUGACCUGCCGUCAUGCUUCUCCGACAUGGAUGAAAAGAUUGUUAUGUUGUCUCCUGUAUCCAGUAAUGUCACCGACCCUGCAAGUGAGGGCGAGAGCAAGGGACAGAAGAAGGGAAGUUUGAAGAAAGGGCAUGAUAUUGGUGAUUCAACAGAGGAUGAAUCGGAUACUUAUAACCUUAACUUGGGGUCUGAGUUGAACAGAACAAACGAAAAGUUGAAGCAUCUCAGACGUGCUUUGGAUGACCAGAUGGGAGAGGUCAGGAAUAAAAUAUUUGCACUGGAUCACGACCUGAAACGGAUGGCAAAGGGUGUGGAGUUUGCCCUCAGGCAAUCACGGGUAAAAGGAUUGUCGAACAUGGACACGGACGCUCUAAGCAGAGCUCAGAAGGCAAUUCUGGAGCUGCAGGCUGAACUAGAGCGACUGAACAAUAUCACACAGAACAUUGUGGAGGAAAACGAGCACCGCUCCAAACAGAUUGAGAACCUGCUAGGCUACUGUGAUACUCUCCAGGACAAGAAGGCAGACAAGGAAUAUGUUGCCAUGGAGGUGGAUGUGAAAGCCGACAAGCGUCAGCUGGACAACAAGGUGAACCGCAGCGUUUUUGAAAAUACCACAGACGAGAUCAACAAGAUCAUCAAGGAGAUCCUGGACAAGUUGGAUGGAAAUGAGAGUUCCUGGAAAGACGCCGUUGCCCAGUUGGCUGACGAACUUGAGGGCAAGCUUGACCGGCUGGAGUUAGAUCCACUCAAGGAAUGGCUAGAGUCCCGCCUCAAGGCUCUCAACAAGAAGAUCAUGGCCAACGCUGGCAAUGAAUGGUUAGAUGACGAUGCUGCUGGACUGAGGAAACAACUGCUGCAGAGAUUCAACUGCUUGUCAUGUGACCGACCUGUAGACCUCAUGCCAACUGGUCCAGUUCAAUCACUGCCAAGUCAGAACGGUCUCCCACCCACUAGGUCACCCCGACCUUACACCACGUAUGAGCUGGAUCAGAUUCGACAGAGUGCCAAGAGUUCUAACUGUAGUGGGUAUCAUGGCACCAAUAUGGUGAAUUUUGAGCGUGCUCUUGCUGACAAAUCGCUGGCCAGGAUGAGGCGUACCGACUUGAAGGCGUACCUUGUUCAUUUUGGCCAGGACAUAGAUGCCAUAACUCGCAAUCAGAGGAGAGAACACGGCAUUUUCAACCAGCAGGAUGUCACUGACUACUACGCCACAUCACGACAGUGCGGAGGGAACCACACUCUAACCUACCCCCACAAGAGGGUAUCUCGCAUGACGCAGAUGAACAAUCUGUUCAAGGAGGAUGCCGACCCUGCACCGGCACCAGUGUACCCUAUCUACAAGGAGGAAGUGGAUGUGCAGGGAGUGGACGGUCACAUCUACCGUGGCCGAGUAGAGCGGAUGCAGAUUGAGGCUAAGAUGCCAUCCAAGAUUUCACCACAACAGUCCAAUCAGGUCGCCCCUAUAUCACCUGCAACCCCAAGAACUCUGCGUAAAAUACCUGGGCUGGAAACUGACCCUGUCAGAGGAUCUCCCACCCCUCCCACUGGCAUGAGAGGACGACCAAUGUCAGCCCGAGGAUCAGCAUCUCCCAGACCUGUCUCAGGGCGAGUUCCAUCAAGGCCACAAUCUACCCAGCCAACGUCAGCUGCGCAGUCAGGCUUGGAGUUGUCCAGAACAACAACGCCCUACCAAGAGGACCCUAUGCUACAAGAUGGCGGCCCAACAGAUCAAGGGCAGAUAACUGUGGAGUCUGAAGCUAUUCGGGUUGAUGUUCCUACACCUGAUAUGAUGGAGGAACAGACAGAGGGUUAAAUAUCAGGGAUGUAUCUUGUGCUGUCAGUGUGUAGAUAGGAUACAUACUAUGUAAGUUAUUGAAUCAUCAUCUGGUUUGCUAUGAAUUUAUCAUUUUGCAUGAUGCAUUUGAUCAAUGGUAGCACCCUUCUGCUAUACUAAGACUAUGAGUCUAUUGCAAUAUUUUCGUUUUAAUAUGGAAAAUUAUUUUGAUUUUUAGGAAUUUUGAUACAGUAACAGGAAAAUAAUCAUCAGAUUUGAUCUAGUAAUUUUCUUCAUAAAAGGAUGAAAAGCUUUAUGAGGGUAAUUUCGGCAUAUAUUUUGUAAAUCUUGAUCUGAUGAAAACUUAAUUGAAUAUUUUUUUUAGCUUUUUUUUUUAAGAUGUAAAUCAUUUUUUAUUUUUGAUGGCUCCAUGAAUACUUGGUCAGUGUGGAAUAUUCCAGUCGUAGAAUAUCUACUGCAAUAAAGGACAUACUCGUAAUCAAGGCGGACUCGUGAAAUGUACAUGCAAUAUACAACCUGAGUGACAAUUAGUUGUAGUGAAGUGUGAUCAAGAAAUUGAUACUACUGCGUGUGUUUUCAAACAGUAUUCAACUUGUAUGCAAUGGUAGGUAUCGUAAUCAUUAGUAUUUAUCUAUUUCAUGUUUUGUUCUGUUACCUUAUUCUUUUGUUGCUAUGAUAUGUGCAAUCUGUUUAUAUUCAGCUAUGAUAUAGUGUUUCUUGAGUUUGAUAUUCCUGAGAGUAUUAUUACUUGUUUCCAUUGCUAUUUGUUUCUCUCUGUUUUCCUUCAUAUUUCUGAGUAUAUCUUGUUUUGAAUUUUUAAGACCAAGAAAGGUCAAGUUGGAUGACCUGUGCCAAAAGAAAGACAUGUACAAAUGUUUCUGUGAUAAUCUUUUGGUCAGACAAUAUUUUGUUUACCCAUUGUCCCUUUUAUGCAUUAUUUGUUGAGCUUUUGUACUGAAUCUUAUAACCAGAUAUUUUAAGUCACUUAAAUUUGAUCAGAUGAAGUCAUUUGUUGAUUUUUGUCAGCCCACAACAUACAAAUGAUAUUUCUUUUAAUAUGUCCUGUUGGAAACUUUGAGAAUAUCAAUAUUCAUGACUGAAGAUCAAAGAUGACAGAGAUGGGCCGCCAUGGUAUGAGCUUGUCUUGCUUGGGAUGAGGCUGCUGAGUAGUCAAGUCAGAGUCAUCACUGAAUCUGUUUCACCUCUUGUGUUGUUUUAUGUCCCAUUACAGAAUUAGUUUGUUUGUGUGUAUCUCUAGUGUAUUGUAUAUAUGGACAAAAAGACAUGUGAUAGGAACUGGCCACUAUGCAACCAGAGACUGUGAUACUAUUGCAUAUCGUGUUGAUUAUCAGCUUUGUACAUGAUGGGUUUAGUAUGUGCUUACUUGGAUAGAACUAAGUCUAAAUAAUUACUAAUGACUUGAAAUACAAACAGGUGGGGUGGGGUGGUCUUCUUGUUUAUGGAGGGUGAGGGGGAGGAGAAAGUGGUCUGCACUGUGUUGCCCUGAAUUACCCAAGUCGCCCCAAUGUAGGUGCAGAUGCCAGUGGUACUCACUGUUCAUGACGAAGAGCACACAUGAAAUAUAUAUCAAACAUUGCUAACUUUACAGUAGUUCAUCAACCAUGUUGCAGGGUUGUUUUACCUACCUACCUUUUUUGAUUUUUAAUCAUCAAAACUACAAAAUUAUUUUUAUUAGGCCUCAUGUGGAAGAUUGGCUGCACCAGUGCCCGAGAACAAUGAAUAUUUGUUUAGCCUUAGAUCCUAGGUUAGACCUAAAUAAUCAUUACAACAGAAGAAGAAACACAAGACAUAAACCAAGGCUACAGUCAUCGCCACCACUGAGAUACAUUUGGAGAUCAACCCAGUCGUAAUGUACCAGUUAAUAGAGGAUAUUAAGGAGUGUUCAUAUGAGCAUGGAACCACAAUUUGUUAAAUGCCGUCAACAAGCUUCAGAUAUGACAUCGUUUCUAGUGUGACAUCAUUCCCACCUCACGUCACAAUAAGAUUCGAAUGACGUCAACAAUGCAGUCCAGAUGGCGGAAACAAUACACUGUUGUCUCAUGAUGUGAUAUGACCCUAGCGCACAUAUGAUUUUUAUGUUUGCCCUCGUAGGUAAUAAUGUGAGAUAUGAUCAUCUCUUAAAAUUGUCUUGAUUGCGCCGAAUGGACCAGGUUUAAUACAUGUGUGUGAGAUGUCUAGUUUACAUAUAUGUAUUUGUUUGAGUGUGAGAAUUGAUUGACUAUGAAACUGGUACAAAGGUUUGGGAAAAUGAUCAUGAUUAUGAUCAAUGAUUCUUUUCAGUAGCCAAUGAAAGAUCUUAUAACAUCAUAAGAGACAUGUCCAAACUGUGAAGAUGUUAGCAUUUACUAACCACAUUACAAUCAGAUCGUUUAUUCUGAUUCAAAACCCUUUUUUCAUAAACAUUUGACAAACCCUCCAUAUAAACAUUACAAAACUGAGAGUUUGAAGUAAAUGAAAGAGAUUAUAUGCACACCCAACACUGAUUAUCUGUUUGAAAGAGUUCAUGAAGUUCUUCUUUGGUUUGGAGUCUGUGAAUCAGUGUAUUUUGGACUGCAUUAAUUUCAUUGAGCUGCUUUUGUAAGUGAGAACUGCUGCACGGUUAUACUGUAUAAUCCAGAUUAAUUUAUUGUCUAGUUUUACAGACAAGCCUACCUUUUUCACAAAUAAUUAAAAAAAACUGUUGUUGACUGAAACUAUGCUUUUUUGACGUCUUCAAGUUUGUACAUUUGUCAAAAAGAAAUAUCAAAAGAGUUUGGUUGUUUUAAAGGACAUUAACCCCAUGUGAAUCCUGACCAAGGACAUAUGUAAAACAAGACAUUAGAUUGGCCUGACAUUCUUGUCCAUACAGGGUUUGAGGUACUGUUAUGUUGUUUUUGCAAAUAUCCUUGUCAUUGUUUACCUUGCCGACAGUGGGAAACUGCCAUGUGUGUGGAGAGUAGUCUGGCCUUGCAUGUUGCACUGGCUGUCAUAGUGACUUAUAUGCAUGCUUAUUUCUGAGGUGAAACUAAAUUGUUUUAAUCAGCAUCAGAUGAUCUGCAAAGAUGAAGCUGAAAAGAUCUUGUGGUACCAAUGUCCUGCCCCUUUUUGUUUGAACUGACACUAUACAUUUUAUAGCCAUUUUUGUGGAAUAAAUGGCCAUAGUAUCUAAUUCCAUUAGGUCCAGGAAGUGUAUUGAGUUACCGGUACUUUCUUUCGGCAUUUUGUCCUGGAAGUUUGAAAACAAGGGUUGAUGACUCGGAGCUCAUUUUUGUGUGAUGGCAAUACACACCUUUAAUUCAAAAGAUAUAAAUAAGUUAUGACACAUUAGACUUGAAAACAAAUCAUUAAAGGGACGGUAUAAAAUAGGAACCACAACGUAUCUUUUCAGGUCUGACAUUUUGUUUUAUUUCAACAUGGGUAUUAAAAUAAUGAGGGUGCCAACCCCAUUUUUGUAUGUUGGAUGUCAAGCCCUGUUUAGUUGUAUUCCAGAAUGUUUAUCUGGUACAAGGGUGCCAAUAUUUCAAUCUUGAAAUAUAUUUUUCGACUUUCUGUCUUGCAAAGAGUUACAAAUCAAUAAUAUAUGCUACUCAACAUUUGCUAAGGAUCACACCUGUAAAGAUGACUGUUGGUCCUUAGCAAAUGUUGUGUAGUAUAUUUUUAGCCCUAAGGUAAUGAGCAUUCACGGUCAUGCAUUCUGUGUGAAAAUCCCAGUCUAAUCUACUUGUACCAGCUGUGUACGCUGGUAUGACUGAAGAACUCAAUGCCAAGAUAAAUAAAGUGGUAUGCCGGAUGUCUAGAGAGGAUUGGCGCCCUCAGUAAUGUGUGAUGCAGCAUACCAGUAGGUCGAUGAAUUGUUUAUAUCAGCAUUAUAACACUACUGAUGAAGUCAUAGAGUUUUAAGCUUUAAUACUUAUCUUGAGAUAUUUAUCAGCAUUUGUAUUUAAGUUGAGUAUCUCAGCAUUUGAUUGUUGUGUAGGCAUUUUACAACAGUUUGUUUUCUGUAGGAACAUCAUUCUUGAAUCAAAACUAUAGAACCAAACUGUGUUAUAGCCAAAGAAAAUGGUAUUUUUAUUUUGAAAAUAUAUUUUUGUACAACCACUAAUCUUGUGCUGCUGUAUAUUGUAUAAUGGAAGCAGCUGUUAGAUCUCCUGCAUGUUCUUUGCAAACUUAUGCCAGAAAUGUUCAUUUAGUAUAAUGCUUCAAGACAAGGUACCAAAAGUUUGAUUUGUACCCUGGAAACAACAUCUUUGUUACAGGAAUGUGUUUUGUGAGUAUCAGAUCAGUAACAUUGAAACUCUCUGCUUAUACCUGGUUUGCAGGGAUCUAGAAACUGACACAAUAAAUAUUUCUCACUCUUCUUA